AUGUCCGAUAGUGAUGAAACUGAUGAAGAACCAUCAGACGACAUUGAUAUCAACUCCAGAAAAGAAGAUGAACAAGAAGUGGAAAAUGCUGCGGCGAGCAGUUUGGAAGAAGAAAUUUCUAAAAAUUUCAAAUAUGCAACAUUGUGCAAGUACUUAGAUCAUAUGCAGAAAAUUCAUUUCAAAAAUAAAUUAGGCAAGGAACGAGUGUUGAAAGCAUUAGUGACAAAAUGGACAGCAAAUGCAACUAAAUAUACAAAUGAUACCGUUAGUUUUUAUCCGGUUUUACGUAUUAUGGCAAAUUCAUUGGAUCGACGAAAAUUUCGCAUGAAAUCGAAACGAAUUAUAUCGAAAGUAUGCCAAGUGUUGCUUCUUCCGCCAAAGACAAAAAAGGAAUUGUUGCAGAUAGAUUCCAAGAGUGCAGACCAGUCGAUUAUGAAACUUGCAGAAGAAGUUUCGAUGCGAAAUUCAGCUACUGCUAAGCGUGAACUGUCUCUUUUUGAUGUGAAUGAUUCGCUGUGCAAAAUAACAGAAAGAGAAAUAAGUGACGCAGAACUAGAGAAGCUUUUAAAAGCUUGUACAACAAUGCGCGAAGUCUAUUGGCUUUUGCAAGUAUUGGUUCGUAAGAUUGAACGCUCUUUAAAGGUAACAUCUUCAAGUUUAGUAAGCUGGAUACAUCCCAACGGAGCUACAUUAUAUCAGUCUGGAGUGAGUUUGCGGGAAAUAUGUGAUCUUGCUGCGGAAGGUAAAAUGACAAACAAUUCGAGCAUGCUUUUUCGUCGUUUUGAACCAAUGUUAUUAUCAAGAAUCAGACACGGUACUGGAGAUGUUUACGACAAACUGGUUCAUUUCUGUGGCCAAGAAUUUUAUGUGGAAUUAAAAUAUGAUGGUGAACAUUUCUUAUUGCACAGAGGAACGAAUUGCGAAAUGCGGUACUACUCUCGAGUUCAAAACGACUUUACAAAUACCAUAUCACCAGUGCUUGAUCAUAGAAUUAAUCCGUAUUUUUCGCCAUCACUUGAAAGCUGUAUAUUGGACACUGAAUUAUUACUAUGGGAUAUUAUCGACAAAAAAUUCGUUGGACAUAAUACGCUAGCAUCGGAUGGUCGCAUUUAUGAUGUGAAAGCUCUCAGAUCUGAUGGUGCAGUAGAGCCAAGUGUUGCGGUAUUUGAUAUUUUAUUUUUAAAUGGAAAAUCAUUAAUGGAUGUUCCAUUGAGCGAAAGAAUUGCUCUUCUUCAAAGUGGUAAUGUUUUGCAAAAACAAGACGAAACAAAAAUAUUCGUAUCGAAGUUCACUGUUGUCAAAACGAGGGAAGAAUUUGCUUCACUGUAUGAAGAAGCUGUAAUGAAUGGUCAAGAGGGCGUUGUGGCAAAGAAAAUGAAUUCUAUUUAUAAAACGGGCGUGCGUCAAAUGGCAAAUGGUUGGUUUAAGGUAAAACCGUUUCAUCUGGGCGAUGAAACAUUAGAUCUUGCAGUUGUUGGUGUCGAUCUUGGUAGGAAUAAUAAAAUCAGUAGUUAUUGUUUGGCAACGCUUAGAGAUGGUAAGUUCUUCAUGGUUGGUAAAGUAGGAACAGGAUUGGAUGAUACAACUCGUUCAUUUCUUAAAAGUCGUUUGACACGAGGCCAUGGUUUCUUCAAAAGUGAUAAGGUUCCAAAUUGGAUUCAUAAUGAUUACACGACAAGCGAUUUGCCAAGUCAUUUUGUAAAUCAGAAUAACAUACAAGUUGUUGAGAUUCGAGCUAAAGGAUUAAGAAAUGGGAGAUUAUAUGCUCCGACUCUGAGGACAUAUCGAGAUGACAAAUAUGUUAAAGACAUCGAUCAGUACCAAGCAUUUUUAGACUUUGAUAAGAAUUUACGUCUAGAUAGUAUAAAAAAUGCGCAAAGCGUAACAAAUACAAAAAGACAUACGACAAAUGUACAUGUACUUGAGCAAUAUCAAACUAAGAAAGCGCGUAUCGAGGAAAUAAAUCAGGAUUUAAAAGAGAAACAAAUUUGUAUCUUAAGAGGUACCUCUAGUGUAACAACGCAGGAUCUGCAAGCGAUCAUUGAUUCAUUUGGUGGGAUUCACGUCGCUAAUCCAGGUCCUAAAACACUUUUUGUUGUAACUGGAGAGCCCAAACAUGUGAAAUCAAAAUCGAUUAUUAAAAGUAACAAAUAUAAUGUUGUCAGCGCAGACUGGCUUAUAGCAUGUAAACAUAUGGGCAAAGUCAUACCUAUUACGAAGAAAGAAACUGUUCACGUUGUUGACGAUAGUCUUUAUUCUUUAUUUGGAGAUGAUAAAGUAUCAGAAAAUUCCAUCAUGCUAUCGAAUUCUACUGCAUAUACAGUUGCAAGUGUUAGUGCUUUGCUGGACAAGAUAAAAGUACCUAAGCGGAAAAAACCGUUAGCUGCUGAGGAAGCAUUAAGAAAACAACUAUUUAUGGAUGAUAAGUUUAAUCGAUUUUAUGGUCAAACAUUUUAUUUACAUGAGAACUUAACGAAAAUUCAAAAAAUAUAUGCUCAAAUUUUAUUGCGAAUGCACGGUGCUGAUCUGAGUACAAAUAAAAGCAGUGCUGUUACUCAUAUUGUUGUUCCUGACAGGAAAAAAGCGUAUGACAACUUGUUAAAGAAAAUGGCCACUGUUGAUAUUUGCUGGCUGGAGAACACACUCGAUUUACUAUAA